AUGCGGGUGACGUUCCUCCACCCCGAUUUGGGCAUUGGUGGCGCCGAGCGGCUGAUAGUUGAUGCAGCAGUAGCGCUGGAGAAAAAAGGACACACGGUGAAGCUCGUCACCGCGCAGUAUGAUCGAGGCCACUGUUUCCGGGAAACGCUUGAUAUGGACGUCGACGUCAUCAAGCUGUUUCCUCGCGACAUCUUCGGGCGCUUCUACGCACUGUGCGCCUACAUACGCAUGAUUCUCGCGGCGUUCGUGUUGUGCUACAGAAAUGACUUUGAUGUGAUCGUCUGUGACCAGGUCUCGGCUUGUCUACCCGUCUUCAGAUGGUUCUCGCGUGCCCGUCGCGUAUUCUACUGUCACUACCCGGACAUGCUGCUCACGAAACGGGAAACGCUCUUGAAGUCACUUUACAGAAAAGUCAUUGACUCGUUCGAAGAAUGGACGACGGGCCAGGCCGAUCGUAUCUGCGUCAAUAGCCAAUACACUGCCGGAAUCUUCCCAAAAGCCGAGCACGUGUUCCUGUCGCUGAACCGCUACGAGCGCAAGAAAAAUGUGGCGCUGGCGAUUCGAGCGUACGCGAAGCUCCAAUACGAGCUCUCUCCGGCCAUGUUCGAGCAGACAGCCCUCAUCAUCGCCGGUGGAUACGACCAGCAAAACGUGGAGAAUCCGGCGCAUUACGUCGAGCUGGUCGAGCUGGCCGCAGAGCUGAAAAUCCCCACAGGAAAAGUGGUGUUCCUGAAGUCUCCUAACGACGCCGAGAAGCUGUACCUUCUAAAACAAUGCGCAGCCGUCGUCUACACUCCGGAAAACGAGCACUUUGGCAUCGUGCCCGUCGAGGCCAUGUUUUUCGGGAAACCGGUGAUUGCGUGUAAUAGUGGAGGCCCGAAAGAAUCGAUCGACGACACGAAAACCGGGUUCCUGCUCGAGCAGUCGCCCGCCGAUUUUGCAUCGGCGAUGAAGACGGUGGCCCUCGAUAGACGGAUCCGAGAAAUAGCUGCAAAAGAAGGGCCCGAACGAGUCAAGAAGCAUUUCUCCUUCGCCGCCUUCGCCACCCGUUUCGACCGCUUCAUUCGCGGCGAAAAGCUC